AUGUCCACUCCAUUACUCCCAUCAGAGACUGCGCAGUUCUCUGCGAUUAUCGACGGUAUUCUCGCGCACAGUAACCUCGACACAGUGUCUGCGAAGACCAUUCGAAAGGAGCUUGCUGCGAAACUUGAUUUGAAUUUGGAUGACAAGAGGAAAGCUGUAGCAGCGUUAAUACACGAACGAUUCGAUCAUGCCCAACAAUCCGGCCCUGGCACAAACGGACACUCCGACAGUGUAAAGACAGAACCCACACCCUCCAACUCCGCGAGUGUAUCCCCAGAUAUCCCCACACCAUCUUCCGUAAGCAAAGUAGAGUCAGAAGAGGAAGAAGAAAGGCCGAAGAAGAAGGUUAAGCGUGCGGCGAAAGAGUUGGAUGAUGCGAAACUAGCGGCGAAGCUCCAGGCGCAAGAGAAUCUGAAAGCGCGGCCGACGAGAGGGGGCGCAACGAAGAAAGCUACGCCGAGAAAGAAGGCGCCAAGGAAGAAGAGCGAGAAGAAGGUUAAGGCGGAGGAUGAUAGUGAUAUUGAGUUGGAUGAGAAUGGUGAGGUGAAGGAGAAGCCUAAGAAGGGAGGGUUUCAUAAAUUGUAUAUUCUGUCGACACCGCUGGCGGAACUCGUGGGCGAGCCAAAGUUGUCGAGACCGCAAGUCGUAAAACAGCUUUGGGUGUAUAUAAAAGCCAACAAUCUCCAGGAUCCGGGCGACAAACGACAGAUUCUUUGCGACGACCGUCUCUACUCGGUAUUCAAGCAAGAUAAGGUACAUAUGUUCACCAUGAACAAACUACUAGGUAAACAACUUUAUCCAGACGACACCGAGGAAGAUGUUGCUGCGUGA